GCCCAAAAAACAUACCGCCUACUUUGAUCGGCUAGGGUUGACCUUGACUUCAAAAGUCAGUGGGUUGUCCAUCUGAUUGGUUAUAUGAAGAGCAUCUCCGUGAGAUCGCUGGUUUUGUAAUCUUCAUGCAGAGCCUUAAGACUGUUUCCCAUACAAUCGUCCUUUACAAUACUAGAAUAUUAUGUUGAACUCAAAUAUGGAACAGAAUAGUGUAAAAUCUUCUCAACACCGUUUAGAUGAUUGGUUAAUUGUUCUCAAAGAAUAUCAUAUUUUAAAAUCUCUUGGUAAAGAAAGAGAGGCAUUUGAAGAUAAUUUAGAACUUCCAACUAUUCCUGAAAUGAUAUUCGAUCAAAAUUCUUUGUCAAUUUAUUUCUGUCAAUCAAAAAAUUUAGAUGAAAUAAAAAAUAAUAAACAAAUAUGUAAAAUUGAAUUCAAUGCAUUGGACGCUCUUAAAUUAGUCGAUCCAAAGAAUAUCACUAUAGAGGUACCAUUUGCUAAAGAUUGGCGAGAUUCUCGAAUUACUGAUGAACAAAAUAUAAUAGCGCAUAAACCGUAUGAUUGGACUUUCACCACUCCAUAUACUGGCACUUUAUCUGGUCCUUGGAGUAUAUCUUCAACGUCGGAAGGUUUAGAUAUGGAAUAUUUACGUCGAAAAGAUCCAAUUCACUUUUUUGUCAAUACAACAUUGUAUGAAGAUGAACUAGGUGAUAAUGGUAUAUCUAAUUUGAAUAUAAAAUUUCGUGCUAUGCCCUCUGGUUUUUUUCUACUACAACGUUUUUUCUUACGCAUCGAUGGUGGACUAAUACGAGUCUAUGAUACACGAAUACAAUGGCGUAAAAAUGAUAGUUAUUUAAUUCGUGAUAUACGUCGAAUAGAAAGUUCAUCAUGGCGAGAAGAAAUGAUUGGAGUUAGUUUAGAAGUAGCUGAUCAAUUGUGUGAUACAGUUGUCGAACAUUAUACAGAAAAACUUGUACCAUCAAGUGUAAAUUGACAUUGAAAAAUUAUGUAAAUAUUAUUGUGUAUUAAAUUAUCCUUUACCAUAUUGUUUUAUUACUUGUCACAUAAGUUUGUAAAUUAUUGAACAUUAUUUUCCUACAC